GGUUCCUAGUUGCCUCUCUAAACUCAAUGUAUAUGCGUGGCAGAAGUUUCGCACAAAAUGUCAGCUUGCGUUCUAAACAAAAAACAGCGUGCUGCUGUUGAUUUUGUAUUAUCAGGGCAUAAUCUUGUAAUACUUGGAAAAGCUGGUACGGGGAAAUCACUAACAGUCAAAAGUAUCUAUGAAAGAUGCGUGUCUACAGGUAAACAAUGCGUUGUUACAGCCACAACAGGAAUCGCUUGCUCCGUCUAUCCGAAAUCUAUGAAUGCUAUGACGAUUCACCGGUGGUCAGGAAUCGGAGACGGUCGUUAUUCUCCAUCUGAAAUAAACAUAGUUGUAUCUAACAACCCUAAAUAUAGACAAGUUAAGGACAGAAUCUUCAAAACCGACGUAUUGAUCAUAGAUGAAUUUUCAAAGUUGGACAAGCGUGCAAUGAACUGUUUAAACGCAGUUUGUUCAUUGAAAAAUGCCUUACUUUAUUUUGGUGGAAUACAGGUAGUGCUUGUUGGCGAUUUAGUUCAGCUUCCACCAGUACCGUGUGCAAGGUAUAAUGAAGACGGUUCAUUUUGUUUUGAAAGUGACAUCUAUGAGAUGGCUUUUCCACACAGAAUAAAAUUACAACAGGUACAUAGACAAACAGAGCCACAGCUUAUUAAAGCCAUCGAAGAAGCUUCAACUGGUAUUUUAACAAAUGAAACCACUAAAUACAUUAAGAAACUUUCAGUUCUAUUGGAGAACUCUGAUGAUAAAACUAGGAACAGGGAUGAAAAAAUAUAUAUCAAGAGAGAAAAAUUUGAAGUAUUUGAACCAAGAAGAAACACUGUGGUGGCCACAAGAGAACAAUAUCCUUUAAAGCCAGCUUACGCUUUAACGAUACAUAAAAGUCAAGGAAUGACACUGGACAGGAUUGAAGUGGACCGUAGGGACAUUUUCAAGGCAGGACAACUUGGGGUUGCUAUCGGGAGGGUUCGCUUGUCUGCUGGUUUACGAGUGGUCAACUUUACUGACAGAACCUGUAGAAAACAGCCAGAAAAAGUUCUCCGAUAUAAUGAUGAAUGUGACAACUUGUCUACAAAAACAAAGUAUGCUGUGUUGGCUUUGAAAGGUAAUUUUGUAAUAAAUAAAGUACACAUUUGA